AUGGACCCGCAGGGUUGGGCAGUGGGUAGUGUAGUUGAGCAGCUAGGGAGGGCGCAAGUGCUUUCCUUAGCACAUUUCAAAGGGGUUUCGGAUGACCCUUGGGCAUUACUGGCGACUUGGAGACCGCGGGUUGCGAGACAUGUGGUGACAUUCUGGAGGCCACCACCGCAGGGAGCUGUCAAGCUGAAUACAGAUGCCCGUGUGGCAAGGAAAAAAGUGGCAGGGGGAGGCUUGCUGCGGGAUCAUAAGGGUAGAUUGAUUUUCGCGUUCUACAAGGAGUUUGGGGAGGUCGAUGUGCUGACUGCUGAGAGUUUGGCAUUGCUGCAAAGGCUACUCUUCUGUAACAGGGGUAGGGUCCAACGGUUAUUGGUGGAGGUGGACUCGGAGGGAUUGGUCCGUUUGCUGGAUUCAGGGGGCUUGGCAAAAUGGCCGUUAUGUAACUCAUUACGACAGAUCAAGGCCCUUCUUCAGAGCUUUAAUGCCACAACGGUACACAUUUUCAGAGAAGUGAAUGCCGCGACGGAUAAGUUAGCAGCGAUGGAUCUCGAGGACGACUUCUUCUGCAUGUCGUCCCUACAGCUCCCGCGGGAGGUUAGAGCAAUUGUAUUGUUGGAUAGUAGGGGAGUUCCCUGUGUUCGUACGCAGGUUGGGCGGGCGUAG